AAAAUCGUAAGCCUGAUUUCUUAAAAACACCAGAGCAUUCGAUGGGGCUACAACUUGACAUUCCUUAUUACCACUAUGGGUUUGCAAUCGAAGUGCAAGGAGAACAACAUAGAAUUCUUUCAUAG